AUUGAUUAGAUGCUAGACAAAACGCAUUAUGUUUUUCACAGUAGUUUCAUUAUACCUAGGUGAAAAUUAUGAUCCGACCAGAAGGAUAUUCUUAACUAGAAUCGGAUGUUACAAGUGCUAAAUUAAUUCGAAACGAUCAAAUCGCGUAAUCUUGUCAUGCAAAUAUUGAAAUGAAUCGAGGGAUACCCGGCGAUGCCCAAAAGCUUAAUAUUGACAAAUCGUGCGAAAUUGAUUAUAUCUUGCACUCACCAUCAAACUUGUGCCCGAAGUUGUGAGGUAUACUCUACUUAAUCAGCACUUCAAGUCUUUUGUCCAAUUGGAAUAACUCGUCAACAGCAAAAGAUUUUCACUUGCUUGGCGGCAUCGUGCAUGUUCUCGGUAUAUAAAAUGCUAGUCCUAACAAGAGAUGGUUAUCAUGGCAUCAAGCAAGUACUGGCAGCGAAAAUCAAUUAUGAGGCAUUCUGGAAGUUGUGAGCAAAGAAGGGUAGAUAGAAAAAUAAACAGACUGAAAGCAGAGAUGGCAGGGAUUAGGAAGCAGCAACAAUGCAUCAGACAAGGGCAAAGGGAAAUAAGAGAAAGAUUUGAAGAGAUAGAAUCAGAAUGUGAUGAGCUCAAAAAGGAGACUGAACUUGUAUCUCAGGCAAGCGACAACAUUCAACUUCGCCUUGAUAUCAUGCUCAAAAUCUUGAAAGCAAGACAAGAGAAUGACUUCGCUAAAGCUGCUGAUCUUACUUGCUCUCUCAGGAAAAGUCUGCUUCCUUGAGGAUGGUAACUAGAGAGACAAGCUGCUAUUGUGGUCUUCGAAGAUUGCCAUAUUAUACUUUCCGAAUAGAUGUUUGUUUUCGGAUAUGAAUUAUCCACCAUGUUUAUGGACAUAAGUUGCUUGUUCGAGCAAUAGUAUUUCUUAGAACCGUAUAGUAAUGUUAGCUGUGCGAGGACUUUGUCGUUUAUACAAUCAACUUAUGGUUCGAUUUAUUUAA